AUGACGUAGGGGGUUGGUUGAGGAGGGCGGGAGGGUGAGCGCUUCGGCGGCGGUGGCGGCUCCUCCUUCGUCACCUGCGGUCCCGGGACACGUGUUUAUCCCCUCCCCUCCCUUCGCCGCCGGAGCGUCGGAAUCCCGCAGCCGGCGGACUUUUGCGCCUGGUUAUUUGUUCUGUAUCGUUCCCGCUGUCUGCAGCUUUAAUGGAGUCCGGGGCCGAGCGGCGAGCUGGUUGCUAAGGGCCGGCUGCGGUGGCGACGUGCGUGCAGAUAAAAUGAUGAAGAAAUAAAGAUGACAUCUAACUUCGAGUCAACCAUCAGCUCCAGUGUGACUGUGAAUUCUAAUGCAACUAAGGAGUACUGCUACAGUGCUCGGAUAAGAAGUACUGUGCUGCAGGGCCUGCCCUUUGGAGGGGUUCCUACUGUGCUUGCACUAGAUUUUAUGUGCUUUUUGGCACUCUUGUUUGUGUUCUCCAUUCUACGGAAACUGGCCUGGGAUUAUGGGCGUCUUGCACUGGUUUCGGAUGCUGACAGAAAGAGACAUGGAAAACUUCGAGCAGAAGAGCGGGAAUAUGUGGCUUCGGCUCUGCAUUCGGAGAACCAUGAUAGAUACGAACGUCUGACUUCAGUGUCGAGCUCAGUUGACUACGAUCAGAGGGACAACGGCUUCUGUUCGUGGUUGACUGCUAUCUUUAGAAUAAAAGAUGAAGAGAUCAGGGAGAAAUGUGGCGAGGAUGCCGUCCAUUACUUGUCCUUCCAGCGUCACAUUGUCGGGCUGCUGGUUGUCAUUGGUGUUCUCUCUGUGGGUAUAGUCUUGCCUGUCAACUUCUCGGGCGACCUGCUCGAAAAUAAUGCUUACAGCUUUGGCCGGACAACUAUAGCAAACCUGAAUUCUGGGAAUAACCUGCUAUGGCUCCACACAGUCUUCUCUUUCCUGUAUCUGCUUCUCACUGUCUAUAGCAUGAGACGACAUACUUCAAAAAUGCACUACAGAGAAGAUGAUUUGGUAAAACGCACUUUAUUUAUAAAUGGAUUAUCAAAAUAUGCUGAAACUGAGAAAAUAAAACAACACUUCCAGGAAGCUUACCCAGACUGUCCUGUUUAUGAAGCCCGACUCUGCUAUAACGUGGCAAAGUUAAUGCGCCUCAGUGCAGAUCAGCGAAAAGCUGAGCGUAGCCGAUUGUACUAUUCUAAAGAGGAAACGCCAGUUAUGAUUUAUCCCAAGCCCUGCGGUCAGCUGUGCUGCUGUGUUGUCAAAGGCUGCGAGCAGGAAAACGCAGUGGAAUACUACACCAAAUUGGAACAGAAACUGAAGGAGGAGUACAUGAAAGAGAAGGAAAAAGUGUACGAGAAACCACUUGGCAUGGCUUUCGUAACAUUCCACGAUGAAGCAGCAGCAGCUCGAGUUCUCAGAGACUUUAAUGCCUGCAAGUGUCAGGGCUGCUUAUUCAGGGGAGAGCCGCAGCAGUCUUCAAACAGUGAGUUUCUUCAUGCUUCAAACUGGACUGUGAGCUAUGCCCCUGACCCCAACAACAUUUACUGGGAACACUUGUAUCUGAGGGGAAUUUCCUGGUGGCUACGCUGCUUCAUCAUCAACUCUGUCCUUUUCAUUCUACUCUUCUUCUUGACCACCCCGGCCAUUAUCAUUACAACAAUGGACAAGUUCAAUGUAACAAAGCCCGUUGAGUAUUUAAACAACCCCAUCAUAACGCAGUUUUUCCCAACGCUCCUGCUGUGGUGUUUCUCAGCCCUUCUCCCAACUAUAGUUUACUACUCAGGAUUUUUUGAAGCGCAUUGGACAAGGUCAGGGGAAAAUCGAACAACGAUGCACAAAUGCUACACUUUCCUUAUCUUUAUGGUUUUAAUUCUGCCAUCACUGGGCCUCAGCAGUCUGGACCUGUUUUUCCGUUGGCUGUUUGACAAGAAGUUCUUGGAAGAAGCCACCGUACGGUUUGAGUGUGUCUUUCUCCCCGAUAACGGUGCUUUUUUUGUGAACUAUGUGAUUGCUUCAGCAUUCAUCGGAAAUGCCAUGGACUUGCUGCGCAUCCCAGGCCUGCUGAUGUACAUGAUCCGCCUGUCCUUGGCAAAGUCGGCAGCAGAGAGGAAAAAUGUCAAACGCCAUCAAGCAUACGAGUUCCAGUUUGGAGCAGCUUAUGGAUGGAUGAUGUGCGUCUUCACUGUUGUCAUGACCUACAGCAUCACGUGUCCCAUCAUCGUUCCAUUUGGUUUAAUGUACAUGCUUUUGAAACACCUAGUGGAUCGUUACAACCUGUACUACGCCUACCUGCCUGCUAAACUGGAUAAGAAGAUCCAUUCGGGUGCGGUAAACCAGGUGGUGGCUGCUCCCAUCCUCUGCCUGCUGUGUCUGCUUUUCUUCUCCACUGUAAGAACAGGAUUCUUGGCUGCUACGUCCAUGUUUACAUUUGUUGUGCUGGUGGUCACUAUCGUUAUCUGCCUCUCUCAUGUCUGUUUUGGCCACUUCAAAUACCUCAGUGCUCAUAACUAUAAGCAAAGCUCCACUCCAGGAGAUGCAAUAAGUACAGAGGACGAAUCCUGUUACAGGACACUGAUUGAUCGUAGUGAAGUGGAUGGGACUGUUGAAGCAAACGGACAACGGGAUGGCACCUCAUCCCCACCAAAGGUUACAAGAUACAUUGCCCAGGUAUUGCAGGAUCCUCAGUCAGAGCCCACGGGAGACGAUGACGAGCCAGCAUCGCAGAAGGACACCAGGGAAGUGAUCAGUGAAGGAGAGUUCCAGUCCUGUGAAGACAGUCUCAUUGAAAACGAGGUUCACCAUUAGUGGAAAAUCAAGAGGAGUUUUUUUUUAAAAGCAAACAAAAGUGCACAGUUUAGGACCAGGAACAAGGACACCACAGCUUCAGUGAAACUCCAGACUGUAAUUAUUAGUCCUUGGUACUAUGUAGCCUAUACCAGUACAAUGCAAAUUGCUAAACUUGUAUUUGUUUUGCUGAUGGAAGGAACACUGCAGAACUGAAAUGUAAAUGGGUGAAGCUGGAAAGAGAAAAUAGCUACUCAUUUUUACUUGUCUGACCAAACGUAAGCCACCAUGUCUGUUUAUAUUAGCUGCAUCUCUAACAUUAGUCCAAGAAAAUACUGCUGCCACCAGAAUGGGAAAUGAGCAAUCGAGCCUGGUUACAUAAGCACACGUAUUGUUGCUGGGUAGGGAUGUGUGUGAUCGAGAGAGAGAGAGAGAGAAAGGAAGGAAGACGUUUGGUGUUUUUUUUAAAUCCUUUGUGCUGAAAGAAAAUCAAUAUUAGAAAAUUCCUGGGGAAAAAAAAUUAGUGCACUUUUUUCCUGUUCCAAUCAUGUGAAGAAGUACAUUAACGUUGUAGGGAUAUUUGUACGUACGUGGUUAAACUUGGAGAUUAAAAAAAGAUGGUCCAGUGUUUUUUUUGUUGUUGUUACCCAGCAGAUUUAAAUGAGUUCUCAGUGCCAGGUAUCAUCUGUGUUACUUGGUUAGGAAGAAGAGUGGAAAUCCAGCAUGUUCAUGGUUCAGACAGUGCCGGGUGUUUCCUACACGUCAAAGUGCAAACGCAGGCAAAUGCAGCUACCACACAUCUGGAAAACGGUUGUAAAGUCAGAUGUGCACAAAAGAGAGAGUAUCCCAUACUGAAAGAAAACGAGCAAUGUUGGCUCUGUUUAGUCAAACAACUGCUGUUGGAGCUGAGCUGGAGAUUCCUCUGAGGAUCGCAAGCAGAAAUUCCCGAUGGGCUACACCUCCAACAUUUCGUCCCUCUGAAUGUUUCGCCCAUGGGCAGUACUAUUGGGCAAGGGUGGAGCACAUUUAUCAUGAAACAUUUCCUGUUCGAGAGGCUGGUGAUCUUUGGCGAGGGAAUAGGGUAGUUAAUACUUUAGUGUUCAAAUCAUAAAACUUUUGAGGAACUAUGUACAGAAGAUGUAGCAAAUCUGUAUCUGCCACAUUUUUUAUCAUCGGUUUGGAUGGAGCUAGCUGAAUAAUUAGAGUAAUCCUGCAUUAAACAUGCUGGUGGAACUUGCGGCCACAUUUUAUGUUAAUCAUUUGGUUUUGGGUAGAGCUGCCUGAAAAAUAAUUUGGAAUAAUCAUGCUGGUGGAACUUGUGCCUGUAUCACAUAAGGACAAUGUGUCUUUUGUACGGUUUCCCACCCACACCCCUCUUCCACAAGGUGGUGGCAUCGUCCAAAAAUCCUUGAGCUGUUGUACUUCAGUUUAUUAAAAAUGUGACCAGCAGCCCCACCUGGAUUGAAUCACUGCAUAUUAAGGUUCAGCUGUGCCUGGUCUUAGCAAAGGUGGUAGAGGAUGCCCUUGCCAGUAGUGAAAGGAUCACCAGCCUGAAAUCUCGAUUAUUAAUGGUGACGAUUAAGUUGCAACAAGAGCGCAAUCAGAAUUGAAAUGGAACGUUUGUCUUUCUUCCUCUUCUCUCUGUAAUGCCAAUGCAAUUAAAGACCUAAUGCAAUGA